AUGUUGAUUAUGGGAACUCGAGCCGCUGCCUUUACGGCAAAGGUUCGUAGUUUAAAUGAUUAUCAACUUCGACUUCUUCACGGUAUACUUCCUGUACCAUCCGGUGUUGAUAUCGCAAAUACUCUUAAAUAUUUCUCUCAAACGUUAUUAACCGUUUUAAAAGAUGUACCCAAUUCACCGUUACAAAUGUUAAAAUCUAAAGAAAAAGAUGCCACAAGAUUAGGACUUUUUCCUAAUUUAGAAUACAAAGGAUUGUAUAGAGCUAUCACCCAACUCCUUGAAGUUGCUCCUUUAAUCCAAUAUGGAAUUCAACCUUUUGGUACAUCCAUUCUUCAAUGUCUGGGAUGUCUUCUUCCGUUUUUAGAUAAUGAAAUGAUUGAUUCAUUGCCUUAUCUGGUAGCAUCUGCUCUGGCAGUGUUACCUUCUUCAUUACAUCAGGAAGUCAUUAAUUCUUUAUGUUUUUAUAUUUUACCAUUUACCAUAACGAGAAAAACUGAAGAGGAAGAAAGUUAUGCUAGCCAAUCAGUAACUUCCGUGAUAAUGCUCGUGUUUCAACAUUGCUCAUCUUUAUCACAUCAUUGUCAACUCAUUGAAUGUUUAAUGGCUUUGAAACCUGGUGUUGCCCGUGAUAUUCUAUGCGUGAUCGCUCACGGGACGUCCACGGCAAGAGCAUCUGCUGCAAAACUUCUUUUUUAUUAUUGGCCAACAUUUAAUCCCAAUAUAUGGGACAUAAAAGGAAAUCAACCGAAAAUAUCCACUGAUUGGACGUCUUUUGUGUGUCAACGUGACAUGUGUCCAAAUGCUGGAAAUGCGGAAGCUGCUAAAGUUUGUUACGAUCAUUGUAUAUCCAUAACAUUUUCCACGGAUUCACCUCCGCCUCUUUAUCUCUGCAUUGAAUGUGCGAAUACAAUUCACAGAGAACAUCCAAAUCAGAUGUUUUAUGAUAUUUUGCAUCCCAUGCAAAACAUUUCUUCAUUUUGCGAAAACAAAAAUUGUCGAGCACAAGAUAAACAUGCCGUAUCCAUAUGCUUUGCUUCCGAAUGUGCCAGUUAUAAUGGUAAUCAUCCGAUUAGAUUUUGUCAGCAGUGUCAUAAUAACAGGCAUAAUAACCGAAGAGGAGGUGAUCAUAUCGUUCAUCGUAGUUUACCUCCUGUUUGGGAUUUAGAUGCAGAAAUGCAGGUUUACCUGAUAGAAUCUGUGGUAAGUCUUUUGAAAGAAGCAAAACCAGGAGCAAAUAGUCCAAAUAAAGAUGGCCACGAAAAUGUCAAAUCAACCAUGUUAAAUCCUCCACCUCCAUCUGAUAAUAUGACAUUAGAAGAAAGUCAAUUAUUGGGAAGAUACGGCGUUUGUCUUCUUGUUGGACUAUGCACCCCAAGAGAAGAUACCUCACCGCAAGUACUUGGUAGGUUGCUAUCAAUGCUUUUUCACUGGUUUUACGUAACAGCAUACCUUUACGAUGAUCAAGUUCUCAAUGAAGGUACUAUUGAAAAACUCAAAAAUGAACAUGUCUGUGCAUGGCUAAAUGAUGUGGCGAAAACUCAUUUUAAAGUAUUUGUGUCUUGCUUGAUGCCUCAUCCGCCUGAAUAUGCAAGAGUCGGAGGACACUGGGAUACAUUAACUUCCAAGACAUGCCAUUUAAAAGAAGGUUUACAUCGCUUACUUUGUCUUGUGCCUUAUGAGGUUGUUAGCAGCGAAACUUGGGAACAUAUUAUGCCCAGAUGGUUAGAAGCAAUUGUCACGGACGUUCCUGCAAGAGAAUUGAAUGAAUUAAAAUUACUUUUAAGUAAAAUUUUGGAUCCUGUUAUGAGUCCACUAGGUUUUGACACCAAAAAAAUGUAUCGAUUUUUAAGUAUAAGGUUUAAAAAAACAACUUCCAAAGUACAAGAACAAGCAUUAAAUUGGCUCCAGGUUUUAACAACUUUGGAAAUUGUAGUACCUUUAUCUCUUUUAUUUUCUAUAUUUAAUGAUGGAAUAAAAGUAAUGCAACCGAGUGUAAAGAGUAAAGAAAAAAGUAACAAUCAUCUCGUGGCAGAAGAAGAAUCUCGAAGAACUCCUGUAAAGGAAGAAGACUCAGGAAAUGCUUCACCUUUAUCCGAUGACUACACACCUGCAUUAAAAAACCAAGAAUUAGAAUCAGACAUUGAACUUGAUUUAUCAUGUUGUAUUUUAAUGUUAGAUAUACUUUUAAAACAAAUGGAACUUCAAAAUAUUGAAAAGCAUGGUGGCAUAACAACUUCUUUAGCUCAAGACAUUUGGCAACUCUUAAAAUCUAUGCUAGCAGCACAAUGGUCUGAAGCACAUCAGUGCGAACAAAGAGAAUGUGCUCAUUGCGAAGCAAGGGUAAUGUGGUAUCAAUUGGUUUUACAACUUGUCACCAUAAUAAAUCCAGAAGAAUCAGCUCAUCCACCAGAUACGUUUGUAGAAGAAGGACAAAGUGAAGAAGGACAAAGUCGUAAAAGCCCUCCCGAGAAUGAAAAGAAGCAAGAUACCAAAUCAGAAGUGGUUAUUAAUAUGCCUAUUCCUUUAUUGGAAGUUCACACAGUCGGGGGUGUUCUUGUUCAUAUGCCACAUAUUAUGACUGCAACUGUUGAAACAGUAGCAGAACAAUUAGAUUUAGCUCCUGUUGUUGCUGCAGAAAGAAUACUUCCAGCUGUUGCUAGACAAGUAACCAUCUCUGAUGCAGAUGUUGCAACUGCUACUGCUCAUGUAGCAAAAGCAACAUUGGUUGGUGAAAAUGAUCAAUUACUAGAAGCAACACAAGAAGAUGCAGAAAAUUUUUGGCAAACUUCUGAGGGAAAAUUUCAUUUUGUCAUUGAUGAACUUCCUGGUCAUUUGCAACUUUUGCAUACUUUACUUAACUCAUUACCUAAAUCAAGUGUAUCAGAACUUUAUUAUGCUCUUCAGUGUAUUUAUAUAUUGGUAUUACACGGAGAUGCCUUUACAAAAGCUUCAAAAGAUCACCGUGGUUUUUUUAUAUGGUCUCAAGAAAAUUUACUUAUAAAAAAUCUAUGGGAAUUUUGCAAUGCCAAUGAGUCUCACAUAGGUGAGGUUGUUGUUCCUUUACUACUUCAUUGUAUUACACUACCUGCUGGUUCUGACACUUUUUGGAAAGUUGUUCAGGAAGAUUUUCAAAAUGUGGAUUGGAAAGUUCGGUUUACAGCUGUGGAACGUGUAACUGUCAUUGCCAGAUUUAUGGAUCAAACACCUUUGUACAACGAAUUCGUUCUUCAAGCAGCUCUUGCAAACGUAUUUUGCUAUUUAAUUCUAAGCAUGGACGAUGAAAAUGUACAAGUUGCACAGAGAGCUACCUUAUAUUUAGGAACCAUUCAUGAUUCAUCAAUAAAAUCGUUAGUUGGAUGCUUGGAAACCCAAUUUGACACCGUAAUAGUAGAUCGACCAGUCGUUUUACAGGCUAUAUACCAACUUCACAAUUGCCUUAGCGAUAGAAAAAUUUUGACUUGGGAUUUUUUUUUAAGUCGAUUUGAUGCAUUGUUUUUGGAAGCACAAAUAAAUCUUGAAAAAUCAGGAGAUAUUUCUUUCGUUAGAGAUUUGCGUAAUUCGAAUUUAAGUUGUGAAUCAUUUACGAGAAAACUCAAUCGAGCACACGAAGCUUUGUCAAGAUCGGAAAGUUCGAAUGAUAGUUCUUUAAAGACAUUAAGUGCAUCUUUCGGACCGAAAUGGCCGUAUAAAAGAACGAUGUCAGCACCGGCAUCAAUGGUACCUCAACCAGAUACAAAACAGGACAAAGAAAAAAUAUACAGCAGACAAUAUUCGGCACCGAUACUCAAAAGGAAAAGUUCACGAUUCGGACUGGGUCAGUUUUUAGGCUCUGUGCCCCCAAAUAACAGCUUGCCAGGUAGAGUAGGCAAAAAGCAUUAUGGGCACAUACAUCAGUUAGUUGCCGGUGAUGAUUCAGGUUUGGCGGGAUUAACUCGCGUUUUAAAUUUGGAAGGAAACGAUCACGAAACAAUUCAUCUUCUUAUUUUUCUACUUAUGCAGUUUAUGUCUAGAUCAGAACAAGCUUUUCCAAUGGAAGAACGAUCUACGGCGAAAACGCAAGGAAUAGUUCUUAGACAUUUAUUUCUUCUUCUUGGCUACAGCCAACAAGAAAACACAUUUUAUUUUCCUCCUCAUAGACUAAGAAUUUCUCCUGUGUUUAACGCAUUUUUAGCAAAUUUUCCACAAGUUUUGGAUCAGAAUCAUUUAAUGGGAUGGAUGGUUGCUGGACCAGGCAUGGCCGUUCUUCAACAUUGUCCAGCGGGUAGAAGCAGCUCAACGUCUACCCCUUCGUACACGUUGUGGCUUUUAGAGGCUCACACAAGAAGAUGUUGGCUUAUGUCUGUUUUAGUCCUUGUAUAUAAAUAUAACUACAGUCAACAGCCUCAAGCUACUCAACUAACUUCACUUAUUAGGAUUGUGCUGAAUACAAUUUGUGCUCAGCAUCACGUUUGUAAGAGAGUGCCAUCGUCCGUCAUUAUUAGUAGCACUCAAUCUCGUUCAAGAGAGGCCAGUCAACCUUCCCUCGGAGGCGAUAAAGAAGAUGGAAAUAAUACGAUGGACAAACAUGAUAGCCCUCCCGUAUCACCUAAAUGUUCAAUAAAUGGUAAGCAAAAGAAUUUUUCACAAAAGUCUCCGACUGGUCAAACAACGCACUGGGAAGAAUCAGAAGAUAAAAUGAAUUACACCUGCAGUGAAUUAGAAGAACAUAAGGCUGAAAAUGAUAUAGAAGGCUCUGAUAAACCUUAUUUAGAUAAUGAUGACGCAGGACGAAAAUCAUCUUUACACGAUAAGAAUACGGAUGAUAGUGGAAGAAAAUGCGGCAUAAAGCAAGGUGUUAUGAUGAUGGUAGCUUCUUCUUUUUUUACAUCAUCCCAACCUGUAACUUCGAAGACGACAAAUUUUUACAACGGUACUGCUCCACAACCCAAACCGACACCAUCGAGGCCGUUAAUGGCAGCCAAUUGUAAUGAAAGAAGAUCUAGUCUUGCAUGUGCGGUAGCUACAGCUAUGCAACCGGUAGUUGCAACUGCUACAGUCGUUUCCGCAGUUCCUAAACAAGCUUCUAGUGGAAAAAGUACUGCAUCCACUUCACCGCUUUCAAUUUGUUCUCCUCCACCAACUUACAAAGUAGAAAGCCCUCAAAUCUCGCGGACCGAAAAAUGUCGAAUUUCGGAAAACACCCGAGGAAAACUCGGUUAUUCAACAAGUUUAGAAUCGACAUCAAUAUCUACUACCAAUCAUUCUCCUGAGCUUACCGUUUCGUCUCCAAAACCGGUUACUGCACCCUGGCGAAUCGAAAACGCUCUCACCUGUUCAACGGAAAAAAAAAGUUCUAACGAUAAUUUAAGUCGAAUAAUAGAUUUCGAUACUCAUUCUUAUGGAUCACCAGAAUCUCCUUUAUCAAAAAUGGACAUAAUCACAUUAGGGUCUCCGGUUGACGUAGAUAAUAUAUGUACAAAAGAAAAUUGCAUUAAUAAAGUAACCCAAUUAGAAAUGCCUCCAUUGGAGCGUCUUUUACCUGUUGGACCUUCUCAAGAUAUCAACGCAAUAACCGAUAAACUACAUAAAUCUCUAGCCAAUGGAUGUUGCUUAAAUUUACCUCAAGAUCAAAUUUCAACGGAAAAGAAAAAAAAAGGUGAAGGUCAACAAGUAAAAAGUGAAAGAGGUUCAAAGCAAGGAAGUUUGGAAAAGCCUGAAUUUCGUCGAGGACGUUCGUCAAGUCCUAGGCGCCUAAUUAAACAAGUGGCAUUAGCAGAAUCACCUCCUGAAGAUGAACCUCACAGUUUUUAUCGCGGAGUUCAUUCUGAUAAGAAACAUACUUUUGGAAAAGAAAAAUCUGACGAAAGUAACAGGAAAAAAAAUGAAAAAGUUGCUGGAAAAAGAAGACGAAAAGUUGGUUUGUUUUCAAUGGAAACAGUUCCGAGAACUCAUCUUCCCAGAAGACCUGGUUCUUGGUGUGGAAAUCAACAACCUCUUCUUGAUCCUGCAACCCAACAGGCUUGUCACGCUGCACUUAAUUUAAGACAAAGUUCUUUUCGAAUUGGAGACGAUUGCGUUUUACAAAGAUGUGCAGAAUGUGGAGCACCGAGAGAAGAAUACAGCGACGAAGAACUGGGAUUAUGUAUUGUUAUUUUAGGGACUUUUAUUCAUCGGGAACCAGGAUUAGCCGCUCCCUUGCUUCCAAAAAUUUUAUCAACCGUUGCCAAAUUAGCAUUGAAAGCUGGAUAUUCGUGGCAAACGGAAGGAGGUACUUAUUUGCCAGGUGGAGCUGUUGCUGUUGCACAUCAAUUUCUUCGCUGUAUUUUACAUCAAUUGGCUCCAAAUGGAGUUUUUUAUCAAAUGUUUCAAACUCAUGUCGAAGAAUCGGCUAGAACGGAAUUUUUUCGUAGCGUUGCUCAAGCCUUAAUAGAUUUUAAUGAAUUAUCACCGAGUGUUCCCUUACAAUUGCUUCUGGAGACGUUGAACGCUAAAAAAACCUUAGUGCCUGACACGGUUAUCGUGAUAUGUAAAAACAUGUCAGCAUAUAUAGAAAAUUUGCCUUUGGAGGUUGGACCCGUACAACCGGGAAGUCCUUGGUUAACUUUGUUGGCUCAAAUGGAACUUUUUUUUCGUCGGAUUGUUCUACUACUCCCGUCCAUUGAUAACGUACUUGCUCCAUUGGCCGUAAUGGCAUCAGUAUUUAGAUGUCCAGGAAUUUCUUCUUGCAAAAGCAUUUUAGAACCGUUUUCGAAAAUUUUGAGUUUCGUCAUACAAAAUGUCGUCGUUGAUUUAAGUACAAUAACGGAAAUAUGUCAAUUAUGCAACAGAGCAUUUACGCGUGACAGAGAAAAACAAAUGUUGACAAGAAUGUUGAUCAUCGAAUUAGUUCAAGCACUUAAAUUUAAAACAACAUUACCCGAUUCUAAUUUUUUAAUGCUUAUCAAUUUCGUAAUACAGGACACCGGAAGUUGUUUGGUACAAAAUGGAUUUUCACCGGGAGCAUGUGAUAUAUUUGCAACGGGAGUAAAUGCGGCUGAAAUAAUGCGACAGCAUUUAUCCGAUGCCUUGGAUUUUCUUGCCGAUUUUCACACCGUCAGCAAAAUUAAGAGUUUUUGUCAAGGUGAUUCUGGAGGUUUAAACGAGGAUACGUUGGGAGGAGCUUUGAAAUCGGGGAUGGCACAAUACGUGGCUUUAGAAAUGGCAAGAGGUACAAGGGAUAAUCGUGCAAUCGCUAGACAUUUACCUUGGCUCUACAACGCACCGACUACGCUACAACAGGGUCCCAGAGAAUUUUUAGAAUGUAUGGGUCACGUUCGUCUUCUUUCGUGGCUUCUUUUGGGUGGACUUUUUCAAAGUCUAACAGGUCAUUCCCCGUGCAUUCCCGUUCCACCGGAAGCAUCCUGUCACGUUGCAGAUCACAUACAAGUUAUAUUUACCGGUUUUGCCGGCCAAUCGAAAGCUUCCGUUUUACACAUGUCAUCAUUAUUUCACGCAUUUAUUUUAUGCCAGCUUUGGACGGUUUACAUAGAAACGGGAGCAAAUAGUAAUCCUCCUGGAUCAGAACCACACACUGUACACAACAAUAUACUUUUAGAUUUUUGGGGAAAAGUCACUCCCUGCGUUUUACAAUUGGUUGCACAUUCAAAAGUCCUUGCGGAAAUGGUAAAUUUACAUUUUUUAAGUUUAUUAGAAGCAUUAUUAGAAGUGAACGCUUCCAUUUUAGGAAAAUUAAUGCCGUUGUGGAGUCCCGUUUUAUUCGCACAUCACGUUCAGUUGCCAGGUCAUUUACAAAUGAGAUUACAAAAUUGUAGAAAUUUUGCUCCCAACAAUCCUCCGAGUAAUACUUUACUAGCAAAAUGGUUACAAAGACUUCAAUUUAAAAUGGGACAAAUUGAAUUACAAUCAUCGGCUGCAACACAAUUUUAUUCCGUUUAA